UCCUUCAAACAACUGCAACAGAAAAGCCAUAAAAAAGAGAAAGGGCUGAUUUACCUAGCAGUUAAGGCUGUGGCUCCACUGUGCUUGCUCCUGUUACUUAGGCCAUGCCCUUUGUCUGGGGCCAGGGCUUGGUCCAGAUCCAAAAUUUGCAUGCCAAGGGCCACUUGAAUGUGAAGCUCCCCGGAUUCUCACUACCUGACAUGCAAAACUGGUGGAGGACCAGUUAAAAUGGCACACACGCACAAGCAGCACAGGUGUACUCCUGCUAAGAGUGACGCUCCAACCGCCCAUCUCUCCCUCCCCAUCCUUUACCAGAGCUAAAACAUUCACCAUCCUUUCCAGAGAGUGUUAUGAAAAUGAGUGCUGUGAUUUUACUAGGACACUCUACUUGCUGACUGUCAAAGGAGAUGGUUGCACUUGUAAGAGCAGAACAUUGGACAUUAGCAAAUUAAAUCUCUUAGCACUGUGACAGGAUCAGAGGGCAACGCUUAGGUAAGAGACAGGUCAAGAAAUAGAAAAAAAAACAAGAAGUGAGAGAUUGAAAGGAUGCCAAGGUCUUUCCUUGUGAAAAAGAAACGUGGGGCAUGUGGAGCAUGGCAGUGGAAAGAAUCAGAACAACAUGAGUGGAAAGAAGAAAAUCCACAAGUGAGUGAAAAUAUUGAAAAACAGAUAUCCUGCAGUCCUGGCACCCAAGAGCCUGCCGCCAUGCCUCAGCCAGUAAUCACCUCAGGACGUGAUGCAACAACAGGAAUUAUAGUGCCAGUACCUUUAGCAGGACUGGGAGGACCAAGAGCUGAUACCAGGCCGGACUGGUCUACUGUGAUGCUCCGGGGCUCCUACCAUCCCAAUACAAUGGCACUGGUCAGCAGAGCAAAGCCACGUCCCCGUGCUUCCCCUGUCUCAGGUGACUUUGUUUGCUCAGUGUGCCACAAGAUCUUCCCUCUACAACGCAUGUUGACCCGCCACUUGAAGUGCCACAGCCUGGUGAAGAGGCAUCCUUGUCGGUUCUGUGGCAAAGGAUUCAAUGAUACCUUUGACCUAAAGAGACAUAUGCGAACACACACAGGUAUCCGUCCCUACAAGUGUGAGCUGUGUGAGAAAGCUUUCACACAGCGUUGCUCUCUGGAGUCCCAUAUGAGAAAGAUUCAUGGCGUACAUCAGCAGUAUGCUUACCGCCAGAGACGCUCCAAGAUCUUUGUGUGUGAGGAUUGUGGUUAUACAUCAAGCCGGCCUGAUGAGUACUUCCUCCAUGUGAGACAGUGCCACCCUGGCAGCCCUGCUCUCCGCAGGUACUACCGUCGUCAGGCUCAUGAGAACAGCACCUUUCCAUCAGAAGAUCGUAAUCUCAGUCCCUAUUUGCUGUUCCCAGCCUCUGCAUACUACAUGUAGGUUUUAUUCUAAUGCUACAUGCUACAUUAUUGUGUAGAUAUUACAAAACUAUUCAUAAGUAUUCCCUUGUGUAAUAUGUAGGCCAUGUGUGUCAGUAUACUUGUGCUAAUACCCUUUUGUGCUUAUUUACUUUUUUGCUUUUAGCAAACGCUUUUAAUCAAAACUUUAAAAUAAAAAUGAAGGUUUGUACAUUAUUCUUAAUGUUUUUAAUCUAUCUGUAACCCACUAAGCCUGACCUGCUAAGUUAGCAGUGCUAAUAAAGAGAUUCCAAAUGUUUGCUAGGGAAAAAUAAAUACAUUUCAUUAACAGUUAGCUAGGUACUUUAUGUUGUCUUUUCUUUCAGUUAUUAGAAAAGCAGCCUUGCAAAACUGAUUUUAUUG